AUGCCUCUCAUUGAAUCCUCCUACCCUCACGUCCUGGGCGCGCUGAACGGCCCCACUGCCCCGAAGCGCUCCUUCCUCAUCUUCUACUCCAACGUCGUCGACGGCCGCAUGUGGUGCCCUGACUGCCGCGUUGUCGAGGACGCUGUCAAGAAGGCGUUCCAGGGCGAGGACAAGCCUCAGGGUAUCAUCUACUGGGUCGGCAGCCUUGCGCAGUGGCGCGACAAGAACAACCACGCCCGUACGUCGUGGAACGUCAACUCGGUUCCCACCAUCCUGCGUAUCGAAGACGGCAAGGAGACUGGCCGUAUUGUCGAGAACGAGAUCCUCGACUCUGCCAAGCUCAAGGCGCUUCUGAGCGGCGAGUAA